AUGGACAAAAGUUGGAUGACGAAGUGGAGAGGUUCGAGGGAGUAUAUGGAAGGGGCCGAAGCGUUCGUGAAGUAUGCAGUUACGAACUCCAGAAAUAAAAAUUCAAUUGUGUGUCCAUGCAAGAAGUGUGGUUUGAAUAGGAGCCUACGGCCAGAAGAAGUAUAUGAUCAUUUGACCGGUGGAAGGGGAAUUAUGCCUAAUUACACUGAAUGGAUUUGGCAUGGGGAGAAGAUUAGGGCUCCUGUACCUAAUAAAGUAUGUGUUGUUGAAUCUCCUAGGCCGGCUCCGGCUGCAAAUAUUGUACCAAUACUCGACGAGUCAAGAACGAUGCAGUCCAUGUUGCAAGAUGUUUUUGGCAUGCAUAGUACUCGGGCAGACGAUGAUGAGUGUCAAGUGGAAGUGGAAGCCGAUUAUGUACCUGAAGCAGUUGAUGAAGAGAUCAAUGAGAGUGCCAAGAAAUUCUACAACUUGGUUCAGGAUGCAGACAAACCACUUCAUGAUAAAACACGAUAUAGCAAAUUGUCAGCUAUUGUUCAUCUAUACAACUUGAAGUGUGUGGGUGGACUCAGUAAUACGAUUUUCACAUUGUUGCUUGAGUUCAUCAAUGAGAUAGUACCAACAGAUGAGCCAGCUUUGCCUAAAAGUAUGUAUGAGACAAAAAAAUAUUUAAGAGACUUGGGGCUUGGAUAUGAAAAGAUUCCGGCUUGUCGAAAUCAUUGUAUGUUAUUCUGGAAGGAAAAUGAGAAGUUAGAUACAUGUACAGUGUGUGGAGCAUCAAAGUGGAAGGACGAAAUUACUGAAGAAGAUGGGUCAUCCCGAACAUUGAAGAGACGACCGGUAAAGGUGUUGCGGUGGUUUCCAUUGGCUUCAAGAUUGCAAAGGUUGUACAUGUCACAACAUACCGCUUCCCACAUGAGGUGGCACGCUGAUGGGCGCACAAAAGACGGUGUGCUCAGGCAUCCGGCAGACGGUGAAGCUUGGAGAACAUUUGAUACACUGCACCCAAACUUUGCAUCAGACCCACGAAAUGUUAGGCUUGGUCUAGCGUCGGAUGGUUUUAACCCUUUUGGGAACAUGAGCACAAGCCACAGUACUUGGCCUGUCAUGUUGGUUCCAUACAACCUACCUCCUUGGAUGUGCAUGAAACAACAGUAUUUCAUAUUAUCUAUGAUUAUUCCAGGCCCAACUACACCAGGAAUGAAUAUAGAUGUCUACCUACAACCUUUAAUAUCAGAGUUACAGGAGUUGUGGAAUGUAGGGGUACGAACAUAUGACAUAUCCAAGAAGAAGUCAUUUGUUAUGCGGACAGCAUUGAUACGAUGGUUGCCUGCCGAUCAUAAAUGGCGACAGAUGGCAAGAACCUUUGACGGUAAACAAGAGCUGGGUGUUGCGCCUGUUAUUCCAGAUGGUGGUGAAAUCCUACGACAAUUACAGGGAUUUGAUGUUCAUGAAGACACAAGAAGAGACAAACGACAAAAAACUGUGCAACAAGGUCAUGGGACAAAUGAGACCACGUGGGAGGAAGAGAAGAGAAUAUCGGAUGAGCGAUGGGAGGAAGAGAAGAGAAGGACAGAGGAAGAGAGGAGAAGAGCGGACGAAGAAAGGAGAAGAGCGGAUGAAGAGAGGAGAAUCGCGGAGGAAGAGAGGAAACAAACUAAUGAAAGAAUUGUAAGACAAGAUCAUAUGAUGGAGAAGAUGCAGAAGAUGAUUGACGAUCUUGCUAGAGUCAAUGCAUCACUUCUAGGCAACUCUUCGUCUGCGUCACGCUCAUCGUGA